AUGAAUCUUACCGAACUCCCAACAAUGGAAAGUGAGUCACCGAUGAUGGCAGAGUUUGAGCGUCAGUCACAUGUGUCCGACCGCAAAAUUCUUAGGAGCUUUUGCUUCCUUUCAGGUUGUGCGAUGUGCGUAGUCAGCGCACUUAACGUUCUGAACAUCCUCUCCAUUGGAAAGCCAGCCCUUUAUCUACUUAACCUCGUACAAGGAUUGUUUGGUUUCUCUAUUAUGGUCUUUGAGGGUGAUGAAUAUUCUUCUCUUGCUCCUUACGCCAACAUUUUGGAUGUUUACUUCAAGUUCUUGCAAUCUUAUUUGGGACGCGCAUUAUUCUUCGCUCUUGUAGGGUUGCACUGCGCUAUACUGACUCAACUCUCCGUUCUUUACUACCCUUUGACGCUGGUUUGGAUCGGUGUAACAUCCUUCAUAAUAGCCAAUCGCCAACGUGACAGCCUCCCGUGGUACCAGGAGUAA